AGUGUUUUAUAGUCGUGAAAUGCCAUCACGAGCACAAAAAAGCUGCUGUAGUGAAGAUGCUUUUUGAGUUUUAACUUAAAGAACAGUCACACGGUGACCGAAAUGUGGUGCAAGUCUCAGAACAGAUUGAUCAGCAGCCCAGCCUCAUCAUUGAUAAAUGGUAUUUGAUAGUCAAGUAUACUUUAGUUAGCCACCUUUAUAGUUAAGAAAUAGUGAACUGCAUUUAGUAAUGAUCAGUAUUUAGAUAAUAACUGGUUUGGAGAACACAUCCAGAUUGGGUUCAUACUCAGAGUGCAUAUGUAGGCAGGGAGCAGGCAGUAAAUACAGUAGCUUGUUUUAGUGUCUUAACAGCUAAUGAAAUCAUAAUCAAUACUGUUUACCAAUGAUUGAUGUAACCUUUUUGUGUCAUUAGUUUGUGCAAGAAAAAUGACUUUGUGAACUAUAUGUUGCAUUAUGUGUGAUGUCAUAGCUAACACGAGAAGUCAACAGUUGCACUGAGAUGAUAUUUACAACAUUUUUAUUACAUGUUAGUUAAACGAUUACCAAACUCACUGAGUCCCAGAGCGAUUUACUGCUCUUUAGUCAAAGCCGCUGCUGUCUUAGGGUUAAACUCAAGUUUUCCUUUAGUGUCGGCGCUGUGACGCACAUGUGACGUCAUUAGCCAUUUCCGGGUCAGAUGCUUCUUCAAGUUCCCAAAAGCAAACAGAGGCAGAGGCGCCUCUGAGAGUUAGAAAAGGUCCAAAGUCUGACAUAAAAUGGUCAGCGUGGCUGUUCAUAAAGGUGUUCAAGUGUCCACGGAAAAGGAUUUAUGAGGUUUAGUGGAGUUUAGAUAACUAUCUGGUGUCUGGAUGACACUACACUAAAUACUACAUCUACCCUAUAACUUUGGAUGUGAGCACAGACAGGAAAAAGAAGAGAACAGCAUGCACAUCUGGUGGCUUAGAGGGUUGAACCAGUCACAUAUAGAACCAUUGCCAAACGAAUGCAAACACAUUAACACAGGUAAGAUAAGCGUUCGGUUCUUCUCAUCAUUCCUGAUCUGGAGAGAGGAAUGCCAUCAUCAUCAAUGCCAUCAUAUGGCAUCGAAAACUUUAGCCAGAAGAACAUUUGGGAUGAGCCCAUGCACAGCUGGAGGUUAGUUAUUACUAUGUUGCUGCAUGGUUUGGAUAUUCGCAGUGAAAAAUAUAGUUUGCAGUUUGCAGUUUGGCAGGAGUCACAAAGAUACACUUCAGACCUCAUUGCUCUCACUUCUCAUUCACUUUGAAUGAGUUGACGUCACGUGUUUCUGCUCCAUGUGGCUGUUAGCCAAUGACAGGCUCACCUGUGCAGUUGAAGAAGCUGAUUUUCAGUCUGUCGUUUACAAACAGUUACAGCAACUAGCUGGGAUAAUGCUAACUGCUGAUCAAAGCUUGGCUAACGUGCUCUGUGAUAAUUAGUUACUCGUGCUGUGAUGAUUGUGGCGGCAUAGACCACAUUAAACACGAGGAACACCAAAGAUUAAAGCAAAGCAUAGGAAAUCUUAGUUGGCCUGAGACUGAUUCUUCUCUGAAGUGUUCGAUUGUUUGGCGUUCAGGAUGCUGCGUGCUGCCAUUAACAGUGCAUAUAAAAAGCUUUAGAAGUAAGUGAAGUGUCAGCGCUGUGUGCCUGAGAUGAGUGUAUGAGUAUCCAUAUCAAUAUAAAAGGACAAAUGUAGCUUCCGGGUCUGAAAAAUGAAGCCAACACAGAUGUGCAGAUGUGUUCUUCUUAAUGGCCACCAGUGGGCGAUGGUUGUGGUCCAUGGCAAAAACACAGCGAUACACCGACUGUAGUGUUUGAAACUUUUGGCUUUAUUUAGUCAAUAUGAUGGAUCUUACUCUGGAAUGUAUCUUACUCUUUUUGUAUUUUUGUAUUAAUAGUCCAGUUAUAACAUUGAUCAUCCUCUUACUUAUCCUCAUAUUUAAAAGCCAAAAACAAAUUAAAAUUAAAAAAUAAGUAAGUGGAAAUGCAGCGAGGAGCCUCCUUAAGAAAUGAGCCAGCUGAGGUGGCUCUGAAUGGGAUGCCUCUUGUGUGCCUGCUCAGAGACCUCGGGGACAGACCCAGGAUACGCUGAAGUGAUUAUGCCCUCUGGCUGUCUUGGGAUUGCCUCAGUAUCCCUGGAAGACCUGGAGGAGAUGGCAGAGGGAGGAAGAUCUCUACUUAGACUGCUGCAACCUCCAGCUGGAUAAAGAAUAGAAAAUGGAUCGAUUAAAGGCUGGAAACAGAAAAGAAGCAAACUCACAUCUGAGAAGCAGGAGCAUUUGGAUGCUUUUAGAGGAGAAUGUGUGUUUUUUAAAAUCCAAUUCUUAAUCAAAUCCUAAAAUUUUGAUCUGGCAAGCAGACAGGCACAAGUAUUUAGUGACACAAGUAGAAGGAAAAAGUACAGUACUGAAAUAUGAGUUAUUUGCAUUUUUGUACUCCUCAGUCUGCUGCAAGCUUCCUGUUGGACCGGUAUACUCGCUUCUCACAUGUUCACGCCUCAAAAUCAGAUUUUAUCUGAAAAGCUUUCAGUUUACGAUUCAUUCAGAUGUUAUUCUCCACAAACAUCUCAGAGAGUUAACAGCAACUCCAACUCAUCUCCAGGAAGAAGUGGCUUUCUGAAUCACAUUCAGCUCUUUGCUGCAGGAUAUUAAACACUGAGAUUUUCAACAGAGUGUGAAUGAUGUGAGGAGUUCAGCUGGAGGUGUGAAACUGCAGCAACCUCAGUGUAAGUCUUACAGAUCGUAGAGCCAGAGAAGCAGGUGAACUGUAGUUCCCAGAAUGCCAGAGCAGAGUAAUGACUACCGGGUGGUGGUGUUCGGUGCCGGCGGGGUGGGGAAGAGCUCGCUGGUGCUUCGGUUCGUGAAAGGCACCUUCAGAGACACCUACAUCCCCACAGUCGAGGACACCUACAGACAGGUGAUCAGCUGUGAUAAGAGCGUCUGCACGCUGGAGAUUACUGACACAACAGGAAGUCACCAGUUUCCCGCCAUGCAGCGUCUGUCUAUCUCCAGAGGCCAUGCCUUCAUCCUAGUGUACUCCAUCACCAGCCGCCAGUCACUGGAGGAGCUCAAACCCAUCUAUCAACAGGUUUUGGCCAUUAAAGGCAGCGUGGAAUCCAUUCCCAUCAUGCUUGUGGGCAACAAAAGCGAUGAAACGGCUCAGCGUGAGGUGGAGAUGAAGGAAGGUGAGGCUCAGGCGGCUGCCUGGAAGUGUGCCUUCAUGGAGACGUCGGCCAAGACGAACACCAACGUCAAGGAACUGUUCCAGGAGUUGCUGGCCCUAGAGAAGAAGCGGGACAUGAGCCUGAGCAUCGACGGGAAACGGUCGGGAAAACAGAAACGAGCUGACAAGCUGAAGGGAAAGUGCAGUGUCAUGUAGAGCAGCUGGCAGCUGCAGAGGACUCACUGCAAAGGACUCACAGACUUUAGAGUCUGUCUGAAUGCUAGAGCCCAAAUGAACAAAAUGACUAAUAACUUAAAAUGGAAUCUGGAAUAUUUGAAUAUUUAUAUCAAGACCUCGGGCUCCUGCUACACCUGACAUGGAUUGUGUAUAUGGUCUAAACUAUUUGUAAAAAAAGCAAACAAAAAACUUUUUACACACUCAACUAACUCCUGACACUAUUAACAAUUACAUGAAAGAGUAAGGAGUACUUCACUAAUGUCAUUGUAAAUGUUGAGCCAAAAAUCAGAUUAUGGUUAAGCUCGAGUUUGUUCCAGCAGUUCCUACAGGACCAACCCAACUGGUCCUGACAGCUUUAUUUUAGAGAUGAGCUUAUUUUCAGCUCAUUAUGUUUCUGGGACUCGACAACAUUAGACUUGCAUGAUUCUUAGUUCACAGAAACUCAUUGUAUACUGGCCCUUUAAAGAGCCCCUCAGUUCUGUCUAAAACCAGCUCUCUCAUCCAUGGUUUGUAAAGGUCCCUUUCUCUCCGAGUCCUUUGUGUGAAUUGGCCCACUGUUGGAAGCCUGCCGAGGGGCAGCAUGCAAUGCUUGUGUGCAGAUGACUGUGUAAACAAAAAGAAAACAGUUAAAACCCAAACACACACACAAACAACAACCUAGGGUGGACUUAAAGGACUAUAGCCUUCACAGGGUCACCUGUGCAGCCAGGUGAGCUAUAGUGGUACCCUGGAUAUCAAUUAAUUUAACAUGACCUCCUACAACACAAGAUGGUACAUCUCAAGGAGUUUAUCCCAAUAAAUACAUGUUCAAAUGUUUAUGUAACAAAGUAAGAAAAAGCAGAGUAGUUCCUGUGUAAGAUUUUAUUUUUCGGCAUGCUGCUUAAAAUAGUGGGAAUAAAACCAGCGCAGCAGGCUUCACACUUAAGCUAAGUUUAAGUACACAACCAGAAAGCACUAGUUUUUAAAAUCUAACAGUUAUUAACUAUUAACCAUUAGCUCACAAGAAUGAUGAAACUCUUUUGGCCUGCUUUCACUUGUCCCCCGUUGACAUUCUAGCAACAUGCAAUGAUGAGCAAGAAACCCAGGAACUGGAUGGAACAUGUUAGCAUGCUAAAUCUGAUGUUGCGGAAUAUGAACUCAGUGAUACUACAUUUACUUUAGUCAUCUGUAUGACAUGCUCAACACUAGUAUUUGGGGCUGUCAGGUUUGCUAAAACAUGCUAGCAUGCUAAUAUAUUAGGCACUCCCAAAAAGAACAUUUGUGGCUGCUUGCUGCCCCCUAGUGGCAGAGGGGAGCAUGGUUUACGUUUUCGAAAUCCUGUGGCACUCUUGAUUGGCUGCCUCAGGACUAUUCAUCACAUAUAUACCAGACAUUUAUUCUCCGUCCUGCAGAUAGGGCAGAAAAAUAAUUAAAUACUCCUUUAUCUAAGAAGUCUAACUGCUUUUCUAUUGUGAUUCCCUCCUUGGUGGUCGUGGCUGUUUUUUAUCUUGGAGCUCAGCUUUCUGCUGUGAUUAGAUCUUCAACAUGCAAGCUAACAGUGUUUAGCCUCUGAACUCUCAGCUGACGGACUGCAGUGGAAACAUCAGAUUUCACCUUAACUCAGCAGGAAACUACAAAACGGCUUCAGUGAUUUUCCAACUGGCCUUUUGCACUGUUUUCAUUUUCAUCAAACACACAGAAAACAAAACAUUGUUAGCAUUAGCAGGGAGGUGCAGGGAAGCAUGCAGCUACUGUACAAGUGAUUUAAAGGAACAAUCCAAAAUAUCUGGAAGCACCUUUUGUAGUGGUUCAUCUCUGCGUGUCCAACACAGAGAUGGAGCCAGGACGUGUUUAGUCUAGCUUAGCACAAGGACUGGAAGCAGCAGGGGAAACUUCCAGCAAACCUAAGAUAAUGAACUGUGCUGUCUUAUGCUUAUGCAAUGCUAACUCACUAUCUGUUAGUGUUGAUAGUUUUUAGAUGCUUUUAAUUAAUUAAUUCCAAAACUACUUUUGUGGUUCUUAAAAGAUCAGUUAUUUUCACACACCAGGGUCAGGACAGAGAGGCAAACGUUAUUAAAACAGGUCCACUCUGCUAGUUUCUAGCUCUAUAUUUUUAUUGUGAGCCUCAGUUUCACAGUGAUUGUUAUUGAUCACAGGCCUUGGUGCCAUUCCUCAGUUAAUCGUCCGUCUCAAAUAAGCUGUUUUAGCUCCUUCCCCUGCAAUGUAGCUUUCCUCUGAUUGGCUGACCCUGACUUUGGAUGCUUUUAAAUAAUUAAUAUACGUUACUAUUAAAAUGAAAAGGAAACAGUCAUUUCUCUACCAAGGACAGGGUUACAUCUUUUACCAUCUUACAGUGCAGGAUUUUCCCAGGUCUUUUUAGACAGUACUCACGGCCACUGAUCAGUGGUCAUGACAGUUUACAUAUUCAUAAAAAGAAACUGACCUCAAAGCUCAGGUUAGUCAGUAAUGCUAAUGUUGGUCAUUAUUCAAAUAGGAAACCUGCAGUCGGCUUAGACUGAGAAAGUCACUUGGCUGAGUAGCAAAACUGAAAAAGUACCGGGUGACAUCCACAUCUGCAGGAAAGGCUUCUUGUGAUAUUUUUCUCAGUACAGUUCCCCAUUCUGAGAGAGUAAGACCAUAAGACUCAAAUAUUAUUUUCAAUGUGGCAGAAACUGUGAAACAGUUGUCUGUGCAUCUCUGAGUGCAUCAAACAGGAGCUUCGCAUAAAUAUGUGCACGUAGCUGCACUGCCUGAGCUUGUGAGAUGCAUCUCUGCCGUCAUUUCGCUCCAGGGUCUGACUAUGAGAUCUGACUCACUCCUAUAUAUAAUAUCAAAUGUUUGUGCUGCCUUUUGAUAUUCCCAUGAAAGUAAUGUCACAUCUAAGGAAUAAGAAGUCCUGUUCCAAAGCUGAGAAUCUGUUUUACAAAAUUUACCAGCGUGUUAAAGCUAAAAUAUCACAGUAACUAAUUCUUCUUUUAAGCUGACUUCAUGUUAACUGACUGUCCUGAAAAAGAAUCAAACUAAGCAAACAUUUUAUUUAAAAUAACCAGAAACAUGUGAGACGUGUCUCGAUCAGCCAUGUCACUGGACCUGUUAGAGUGUACCAAACUCCAAAAUUUGCAUGUCACACCCCUUUUGCCACUCAGAUUUUCACAUUUUCACCUGAGUUUCUUACUCAAGGUGCUUUUUACAUUAUUUUAUGGUUCAGAAUCCAACACACAGAUGCAGGAGACAGAGCCACAGGUCGUCUGAGUAAAUCCUGAACCACCGUAAACAACCUUAUUUUUGAGUGUGUCGUAGAGGAGCUUUGUGUAACCAGUGAGAAGUAUAAGAAUUCAAUUCAGGAGGUGUGACUGAAACAGUAUUACUGGCACUACUAUACUGACAGCCCUUUUAUCAAAUGAAUAUAAAAAACCCGAUGGGUUCAGACUUCUUCCACAUGGUUUAUAAUUUUACACUGACAUCAUUCAGAAAGCAUGUGUAGUUUACUAGUUUAGCCCCCAUCGUGGGAUUUUGAGUGAUUGCUUUUAUUAUUAUAAAAAUACUAUUAAUUUAAGAAUGAAUAUUUGAAGUUUGAUACUUGUAUCCACCUGUGAAAGAAGUUUUAUGCUGCAUGAUUGUAACAUAGUUCCAAUAUUGAUUUUAGACACUAUGCUUUGGAACUAUUAUGGUUACUCGUAAUAAACAUUUUAGGAUGAAAACUUUUAAAACCCACACGUUAAACGUAUCCAAGUAGCCGUUCUAAUAAUUACAGUUUUUGCCCCGUAACAAAUCAUCCUGUUUAAAAAUCACAUCUCUCUGAACAUUAUGGCAGUCAUACUGGCGCAUCAUUGCAAUGACCAGCAGUGACCAGUACAACAUCUCUUUGUACAUAUUUGUGCUGUUCGUGCUACUUUUAAACAAACACUAUUUUUGCCUGAACAAAAUCCAGGCUGACAUGGUGAAAGCAGGUGUAGCUGUGUACAAAUGAAACUAUAGCAGGACAUUAGAGACACAGCUCGGUGGAGCUAUGCUAAUUCCUUUCAUGUAUUUCUGUGUUCAUACUAGUUCCCAAAAAGUGCGGAUUAUUAACACUGAGCAGGGCAGGGAACAUGAAAACGCUGGUGUUGGACUGAUUUUAUGGGAAUCCUCGUUUCCCCACUUUGCUGAUCCACAGUGGGAGCUAAACUGGAAUUUUGUGUACCUUGUGCUAAGCUAGCCUUUAUAUUUAAUACUCUUGAAGACCUCAGAUAUGUAUUUUCUCAUCACACCAACAGGAUUUCUAAAUGUUGGGCUGUUCCUUUACCUGGCAGGAAAGCUGACCGUGCUACAUUCAAAAUGCCUUUCCUUCCAUUUUACUUGACAAUUUAUAAUCUGAAAAUAAGUGAGCUUAAAAACUUUACGAAGCACAAACACUAGAACACGUUAGACGAGCUCAUGUUACGUACACGUCAGCUUUGUAUUUAAUUUCACUGUAUAAAGCUUUUCAUCAUGCCGUGUUCUUGAACUGUCACCAUGCCUCACUGUUAGCUGUGUUCAGCUUUAGCAAUAUCAGAAACGGCUGCACUUUGUACGUGGGCAGUAGAAAUAACUCUCAGCAGUUUAUUGAUGCCAAUAAAUUCUUUUAUCAGCAAA